GGUGCGCGCGACGCGGGCCAGUCGUGAGUCUGAUAUGGUUGUAACGGCUAAUUAGCGUGCCAACAUAAGGGUCAGGCUCCGUCACUGCGCCUCUUCCCAUCUCCACAUGCAACAUCACAUCUCCCGGCUUCGGGUGUAUGAAUAGUGGAUUCAUUGGACUGUGGAGCCAAGCGCUGUGUGCUCACACACUUCAACAUGGCUCAACCCCAAGCCAAGAGGAAGGUGAUGGGUAGGAUAGACCUGAGUCAUGAAACUUCGUCACCAUCAUCUUCGCACGCCAGCAGCCUGCCAUCAUCCAGGCCUACAUCCUCCUACGGAGCUCCUCGCGCUGCCAUCUCCCACGGCAUCGCAUCUCCACCCACGGCAUCCACUGCUUCCUCACCAAGCGCCACCGUUCGCAAGACUCCCACCGGAAAUGUGAGGGCUCGUGUGGAUAUGAGCACCUUGCUCGGUCCCGGCGCAAUUGCCAUGUCACCUCCUGCGCCCAGCGUCGAAUCGCAGCCCACAUUGAGACGUCUGGGCUCGGCGGCAUCUUCUACCAUCAGCGCUGGCCCCUCUUCUCGAAGCGCUCCUAUUGCAUCGCCACAUCCACCCCUUGCUUCGACGAGUCGAGCAGCACUCAGUUCUCCUGGUGUUGCGGCCGCACCUCCAGUAGUCCGCGCCUCUAUGCAGAUUGUCAUGCCAUCGACUGCGUCUGGCGAACAGAGUCCGUCAUACAUCACGCAGCGAAAAGAUCGGCGCAGGGCAGGUAAUCGCAGCUUUGAUGCGUCCUCCUCUUCUCCCAUCGCCAGCGCAACCCCGCUGCCAAAUACCGUCAUCACGCCAACCCAAUAUCCCGCCGCAAGGCAACCUCAAGACGAUAGACCAACGCUGCGCACCCACACCAGAGCCGCCACCGCCCUAGCUUCGCCGGCCAAGUCCAGCACGAGCAGCGUUUCGUCUCGCAUAGGAGCUGAUGGUAGGCCGAAACCGAUUGCACGCAGUCGCACCCCUUCGCCAGGACCAGAUCAGCGUUUGCAAGCUGGCCCGCUAGCUGCUCCCGAGGCGAGGCUCGGAACUGCACCGGACACCUUAGGGCGAAGGAGCUCAGCGACACUUGCUCCUCCAUACACCUCUCCGGCUUCCUCGCCUGGCGUGUCCCAGUACGCUGGCCAGUCUCGCAGCUUUGACUUUCCUGCCGAGCCUACCAGCGCAAACUCUUCCAGCGGAUCUUCUGCGAUGCCAUAUUCGCCGCUGAGGAGCCCGACUGGGCUUCCCGGGCCCAAUCCUCCCUUUGCCAGCUACCGACCUGAGCUGCAUAUACGUGGUUUGAGCAACAAUGCUGCUACACAGCCCUUAAGAUUAGAAGAGUCUCGCGAAGCGUGGAGCGCGAAUCAACACUCCAACGGGAGCGCGCUGUCCGCGAACACGUUCGAGCCUGCCGCGUCAAGCGCUUCAGGCUCCGCUGGCUUCUCAGCGCGCUUUGCUCACAUGGCGACCAAAGACUCUACGAAUGGAACACCUUUUGCCAGUCUGAUCGAGACGGGGCUACUGUCACCAGCCACGGAGCAACCGCUUGGUCUCACGCCAGCUCAGGCAUACGAAGCGGCGGAAGCUAGGGUGCGAAGGAGGUUAGAAGAUUUGGAGAUUACAAAUAAGAGCUUGUUGAGCAUCAACGAGGGGCUAGAAAAGACGCGAUUGAAGCAGGCAAAGGAAAUCAGGGACUAUAAGAGACGUUUGAGGGGAGAGGGAAGAUACAGCGUCUUACCAGGAGCCAUGGAUGGGCUUGAAGGGGCAGACGCUGCUGGACUAGACUUUGCGCCGACAGCACUGUCAGACGAGGAUGAGGAGGAUGAGGGCGAGGAUGCGCUGCGUAGAGAUGAAGCCGAGCUGGAUGCCACGUUUUCUCGAUGCAAUGGCGUCCUUGCGCAGAUGCUCGCUCGAGGUCGAGCUGCUCUGACUGAGAUCAAGGUGGAACACGAAUCGCUGAGCGGAGGUGGACGCGUUCUGCACCCGAUAGAGAUGGCAGAGAUGGAGCAGCUUAGGCGCAAGAGGCACGCGGAAGCGGUCGAGGAAACUCCAGACCGCAGCCGCGCGAGCGAUGUGGGUCACAGUCCAGCUUUGGAUGCCCAGGAUCAUUAUACAGGCAGAGAUGGGACAGAUACGAGUCUGCUGACGGCGUCUGAUCAGAGCCUGUUGACGGGUAAUAGCUCACCAUCCGAAGCUGCAACGGCUAUCCCAAGUCACAACGCCGAGCAUCAGGACACGCCGGUGCUGGAUUCUGCCGACUCUUCGUUUGUGUCAUCGGAUGGAGAAGAAGGCACGUCUGAUAGCGCAGAAGGCGCGCCUGAAUUCGUACUGGAUCCUGACGCAUCCAUCGAUUAGACGACCUGAGACUCGCCAGUGUGCCAGCGGUCCGGCACAUGGACACUCUCCCCUGGGCGAUCAUGCACUCCACAGGUCUGCCUUCGAUCACUUCUGUUGUCUUCUUCCGAUUUCACACCGAGACUUAAUCGGCCGCCUCACCCAACGCAGCUGAUCUUUUUCGGCGCGUAUACCCCUGGCUGCCUAACAUCUUGUCGCACUUCUCGCCCUUUACGCUCAGGCACAUCUGUAUUCUUGCCAUUCCAUCGCAUACAUGUACCCCUACUUCCAUUCUAGUACAGUUCUAUCGUGCUGUCAAACAUUUGCAAUGUUUGCAAGGUUCGUGAGGGUAA